UGUCAAAUGAUCGCGUUUCACGGUUUCACUUGCCUUGAUACGAAUUUUUGUCCGGAUACAAAAGUAAUGAAAGAGAAACUAGCAUAGGAUGGCAAAAUAAUAGAAAAAGAGAAAAAGUGAACAAUGCUGAAUGCAAAGCCGAACACGCAGCAGAGAACAGUCUUCAAUCAAAUAGGAAUCAAAGUACCAAACAGACAGACAGAAGUGCAGUGCAACUGAGUGCACCAGUAGAAGUUGAAAACAAUAUUAAUUUCUGUAAACAAGCAGUAUGUUGUGUGUAACGUUACAAAAAGUAAAUAACAGAAACUUGUAAAAAAAAUGUUGCACAAAAGUGGUUACUGGUCGUUAUUGUGCAGAGGCCGAAAAAAGAAAAUAGUGGUGCUUAUUAUCAUCUUAAUAUUCUUAUUGAAUGCUCUGUUUUAUGUCUCUUUGGAACUGUACAAUACUAUUAAGAGAAAGGAGAAAGAACCUUGGUAUAACAGUCUGCAUUUUGACAAAAACUCGUAUGUUGACGAGAGUGGAAUGAGAGUGAUAGUGGGACACUAUGUAGGUGGAACUAAUGGUGGAAACUUAUCAGAAGAUGUCAUACAUAAAAACAACUAUGCACCAGUACCGGGGGCUGGCGAGGGCGGGCGCCCGGUACAACUGUCUCAGAGAGAACUCAUCACAGCUCGGGAGUUGUACUCCCUGCAUUCCUAUAAUAUACUCGUUAGCGACAAGAUAUCAAUCAAUAGAAGUCUUCCGGAUAUGCGCAGUGACAGAUGCAAAGAAGUGGUAUUCGAUCUAGACAACCUGCCGACUGCGACGGUGAUCAUAGUGUUCCACAAUGAGGCGUGGUCCACUCUCAUGCGCACUGUCAUGUCUGUGCUUAUGAGAUCGCCUACCAAACUAUUGCGGCAGAUAAUUUUAGUGGACGAUGCGAGUGACAGGCGGUACCUGUUCCAAGAGUUGGACGAGGCCAUAGAGAAGUUAGACAGAGUGCAAUUGUUAAGGAACCCUGAGAGGACGGGGCUGGUCGGAGCGAGGCUCUUGGGUGCCAAGAAGGCUACCGGUGAUGUGCUGGUGUUUCUUGAUGCUCAUUGCGAGGUGACGCCAGGGUGGUUAGAGCCGCUAUUGGAUCGCGCAGGAAGCGACGAUGUUUUUAUAUGCCCUCACAUAGAUCUGUUAUCUGAAGAUACUCUAGCGUAUACAAAGAGCAUAGAUGCACAUUGGGGCGCGUUCAGUUGGCGAUUACACUUCAGAUGGCUUAUACCCGGUGGUGAUGUACUCAAGAAGAAGUCAGAGAAUCCUUCCAAGCCAUAUCCUACUCCAGCAAUGGCUGGUGGCCUUUUUGCAGUACGAAAAAGCCUUUUCUGGCGUCUAGGCGGUUAUGACGAAGGUAUGACUAUAUGGGGCGCAGAAAAUUUGGAACUGUCGUGGCGGGCAUGGCAAUGUGGAGCGAGAGUUGAGAUUACAUCGUGCUCUCGAGUUGGACACAUAUUUAGGAGACAUAGUCCUUACAAAUAUCCGGGAGGCGUGACAAAGGUUCUUCAUGCAAACUUAGCGCGGGCAGCUACAGUGUGGAUGGAUGAAUGGGCAGACUUCUUCUUCAAAUUCAAUCCGGACGUCGCCACGAUCCGUGAUCAGCAAACAGUCGCAGAUAGAGUGGAGUUGAGAAAGAACUUAAAGUGUAAAAGUUUUGCGUGGUACUUGAGUAACGUGUGGCCGCAACAUUUCUUCCCGACCGACCAAAGGUGGUUCGGGAGAAUUAAGAGUGAGAAAGGUGGUUGUAUAGGAGUAAACCCUGGUACAUUAGGGUUGGGCAGCCCAGCUGUCGCUGUAGAGUGUAUCACACAAAUGGGUUUAGAAAGUUUAGUAGUUUUCACUCCUGAGGGGAAAAUAAUGACAGACGAAGGCCUUUGCUUGCAGCAAGGCAAUGGACGGGCUCUUUGGAAGAGUUGUAGCGAUAGUAGUAAACAGAUAUGGAUACAAAAAGGCCCUCGGUUAAAAACUCAGGAGGGUUUGUGUCUGACCUUAGUAGUAAACAAGGAUUCGCAUGGCGUCGGCGAUCCUCUAACAUCAAAGAAGUGUCUCACAGAUGAUAAACAAAUUUGGCAUUUCAAUCGCGUGCCUUGGCGUUAAUGUUGUGAUACAGUUAGGUAGUACAAAUUAAUAAUUAACUUAGCAAUAACAUUUACAGUACAGUUUAGGCCAGAAAGCUUACAGUACACAUUUUAAGUCCAAAAUGAGAUUUUAACUAAGUACUUAAUAUUAUUUGAGUCUGAUCCCGAUUUUUAUAUAUGUAGUAAGUUUAAACGUUUUGUACAAUAUGUAAGCCAGCAUUUAGUAAUUGCAGCACCUGUGAUUUGUUAUAAUAUUUUUUUAAAUGAGUAACUAGUUUUAGGAGGAAGACCAUAUUAAGUUGUGAUUUUGAAAUACUAUUCCAUAUUAACUCCAUAGGUAUUAUUGUCGUAGUUACUAAUGUUACUGUGUUAGAUUGUAAAAAAAUGGCGGAUGGUUUUACCGCUUAAUAACAUUCCACUGUUAAUUCCUAAUUUUACUGUUUAUUAAUAUUUUGAAACUAAGAUUAUAUGCCUGUUAAUACUUUUCUCUUCCUGGAAUAUUUUUUAAGUAUGUUAUAAAUUUUUGGGAAAAUCUUUUUUAUAGAUCAUUUUUGACAUUUACUUUUAAAACCAAUAGAAGGUACUUACCUAAUGAGAAAAGAAAUGUGAAUGUAAUUCAUACAGUUUUAGAUUAUCUCAUUUAUCUCAGAAUCUCUGUCUAUUGCUUUAUUUUGCAUUAAGGAAAGAUUUAUAUGAAAGCUUUUUUUAUUUUAAAUAAGUAUUUAUUUUCUAUUGACUAAAGCAUGUGCCGCAUUUAUACUUCUUCUAGUCUUGAAUCUAUUAUUUCUACUUAGGAUUUAGUUAAUUAAUACUUUUACUUACGAAUAAUUUAAUUAAAACAUCUCAGUUACCACUUCAAGCUUUUGCUUAACCUUUCACUAAAAUAUUAAUGUAGUUUAUUUUUUGAAGUGCUUCUUAUAAUCUGCUUACUUAAACUUCACUUGCAAACAAGUAAGCAAGCACAUUUACUUUAUAUACUUACUGGAAAACUAACUUCCGUGGAUGUGUCAGAUAAUAUGUUACGAACAUAUCAUUUUAUCAGUAGAUGCCGUCUUAAUAAUGAGUUCGUAAUUAAUUUUAACGUGGUGCUUAUAAAGGAAAAUCUCAGGAAUCAUUCCAUAUAAAAAAUAGGUAAUAAGGAUUAUUGUCACAAAUGAAAUACGGAAUAAAAAAAUAUAAAGUUUUAAUUUUAU